UCGUUGGGGGGGGGGGGAACAAGUAGCCACAGCUUCCUUCCCACCUCUGUGUCAGGGUAGGGCCAGCUCCCCCCCCUUAACUGAUCUCCUGUCGGGGGGGGGAAGUCCUGCAAGGGGGGGACGGUGCACUCCCCCCGACUGAUCCCCUGUUGAGGGGGGAGGCUGGGUGCGUUUGGGAGGGUAAAGGCCAGCUUCCUCUUGGGGGGGCUGUGGGAGGUCAGCUCCUUUUGGGUUGGGUGUACAGGGGAAGUUCAUUUUUUGCCCCUUUUUGUGGGGGGGCUGCUGUGUGGUGACAGUCGGGGGGGGGGGGGAGAAAUUAGCUGGAUCAGUCCUUCCUGAUUGACACCUGUGGGGAGGCUUGUGGGGGUUGUAAAUGGGAAGAAAGGCCUCAGCAGCAUUAGCGUCUCCUGAGUGAUCUCUCACUAAGGGUGUGUUUUGGGGUGUUGUAAGGGGGAAAGAGCCCACUCCUCCUAUCACACUUUAAGGAGGGGUGGACAGGCUGGGUGAAGUUUUAGUAGGAUUUGUGUUGUCUACCUGACACCUAGACCAGUGGUGGUGACACAUCAUGUGUCAGGCACAAUCCAAGUGGUUGAAGGAUGCCCCUGGGAGAUUUUGAUAGGCGCAGAAGGCCUCAAGCUUUCAUAGGGGGGGAAAGAGAAGAAAUUAGAAUAGGUGUUGAAAACGCCUUCCAAGAAACUUCGUUCCAGCUACCAAACGGCUGAGAAAACCAUCCGAGUUCCUACCUGGGAGGUGAGGGUAUCAGGGGAGAGUAAAUGACCCUGCAGUUCACAGUUUGGAAUUGGGAACCAUGACCUGCUAGUAAUGGAAAGUCACGAAAGAGACUUGACCAUCUUUUUGUUAUCUGUGGUUCUAAAGUCCUAGAGGAUGACCUAGCACUUAAGAACCAAUUUGUGACCCAGCUGAAGGACAAGCGAGAGCAAGUUGACCUGAAAGAACCCAAGUGGUGGGAUCAGGUCAAAAGUAAAACAAAUCCAAACUGAGAAAGUAUCUGGUGAGACUUUUUUGUUUUUAUUAAUGAGACAUUGAGUUAUUGGAACCAGGCACUGGAAUUUGUAGGAUCCUUGGCUGGAAGCAGCUCAUAGUGUUUUUUUAAAAUUAAUGUUCGUACAAUCUUCUGGAUAACUUUUAUUUCAAGAAGGAGUAAAAGGGAGCGUUGGAAAUUAAAGAACCGGAUUAAAACCUUGAGCACUUAAGGAAAACAGGUUAAGGAACAUAAUCUAGGAUGGAUGUGCAGGAGCCGCAGGAGCUGAGUAUGUUUGCAGAGAGUGAACUGAUGUCUGUGGGGAUGGACACGUUCAUCCAUCGCAUUGACUCCACGGAAGUCAUCUACCAGCCACGGCGCAAAAGGGCCAAGCUCAUUGGCAAAUACCUAAUGGGGGACUUACUUGGAGAAGGGUCUUAUGGCAAAGUCAAGGAGAUGUUGGACUCUGAAACCCUCUGUAGGAGAGCUGUCAAAAUCCUAAAAAAGAAGAAACUCCGCAGGAUCCCCAAUGGGGAGGCAAAUGUUAAAAAGGAAAUUCAGCUCCUACGACGAUUACGACACAAAAAUGUCAUCCAGCUGGUAGACGUAUUAUAUAACGAAGAGAAGCAGAAAAUGUAUAUGGUGAUGGAAUAUUGUGUGUGUGGGAUGCAGGAGAUGCUUGACAGUGUCCCAGAAAAAAGGUUUCCAGUCUUUCAGGCUCACGGGUACUUUUGCCAGCUCAUAGAUGGCUUAGAAUACUUGCACAGCCAAGGGAUUGUCCACAAGGAUAUAAAACCGGGGAACCUCCUGCUAACAACCAAUGGGACACUAAAAAUAUCCGAUUUAGGAGUGGCAGAGGCAUUGCAUCCGUUUGCAGAGGAUGAUACGUGCAGAACGAGCCAAGGGUCGCCAGCAUUCCAGCCGCCAGAAAUUGCCAAUGGCCUCGAUACCUUUUCAGGCUUUAAAGUGGACAUCUGGUCAGCAGGGGUCACGUUAUACAACAUUACAACGGGUCUCUAUCCCUUUGAGGGGGAUAAUAUCUAUAAGUUAUUUGAAAACAUCGGGAAAGGGGACUACACGAUUCCAGAGGAUUGUGGUCCUCCGCUCUCAGACCUACUUAGAGGGAUGCUUGAAUAUGACCCAGCGAAGAGAUUUUCAAUACAGCAGAUAAGGCAGCACAACUGGUUUCGUAAGAAACACACUCAGGCAGAGGUUCUGGUCCCCAUACCUCCCAGCCCAGAGACAAAGGACAGGUGGAGGAGUAUGACGGUGGUGCCUUAUCUGGAAGAUCUCCAUGGCUACAAUGAGGAAGAGGAUGAUGACUUGUAUGACAUUGAAGAUGAUAUCAUCUACACUCAGGACUUCACAGUACCAGGUUCAGAGGAGGAAGCUGAGGCAGGGCUUAGAGAGAACAGAGCAGAGCACAAGGGGGAUCUUGCCGAGCCAGUUGGAGAGGAAGCUGAGCUGCCAGUGGACGGGAACGUUGAAGAGGCGUUCGAAGUUUACCCUAGUUUGUUACAGCUACCAGAGAGAACAGAUAGUUGCGUUUUCUGCUUGAACUAUAGUGUUGGCUUAGAAUCUCCUCCGGACUUCUCUGCACCCCAGCAGGAUCCUUCCUACCAGUAACAGGGCACCAUUACUUUAAAAAAAGCCAUAUAUCUGUUCCAUGAGGGAGUCUGCUCCUUUUCUUAAACAAAGAUUAGCCCUAUGGUCCCAGAGUACAAGUGACCUGAGAGAGAACCAGCAUUGAAGUCCCAAUGGCACUUCCUGUGACUGAUGCAUACUCUAACCAGCCAGACUUGCUCCCUCUUAGUUCUGUCGAUAGGUUGCUACAGUGAAACACUACAGUUGUCUAUUUUGAGUCUUAUUUUUAAUACAGAAGCUUUUUUUUUUUAAACAAAGGUUAUCGGGAGUUGAGUACUUAAAGGUUUGCUUAAUCCAGGUAUCUAUUGCCACCAAGGGAGAUCAAGCCCCUCGCUGACUGGCAGCUCCAUCUUGUGCUGCUUUGAUUGCUUUCUGUACGGCCCCCAUGCUGCCUGGACCCCCUGGCCAACUAAUCCUUACUGCCUAACCCUGAAGUGUUUCUGGGUUCCCCUCCCUGUUGUCACCCCAGCUGAGAUACUUAAGAAUUUCUUGUUUGUUCUGUGCUGUUACAUUCCUUUACAGUUCAGUGCUAUAAAAGGUACAGCUCUGCGUACGCGUGCGGCUGUAGAGAGCGAUCACACGUGAACACGUUCACAGGGAUGGCCCUUACGCUGGUUCCGGUCACACACAGGCCUGCAGAACCUCCGAGCUGUAGCACUCCCGCCUGGUGUUGCAGAGUUCCUUUAAUGUACAGAGGCAAUAGAGGUCAUGGUUCCUUCUGCGGCGCACAGCAGGGCGCGUAAGAUUGUCUCUGUUCAGGGCAAGUAAAGCCAAGCACUAGGCAUAGGCUCUGCGCUGAGAAGUGAUAAGCCUCAAGCCCCCAGGCCUAGAAUGUGUCUGAGGAGACACGGUCUUAAGUGCAGCCACCCUGCUAAUGUGCCCCUAAGCUCUGCCUGUCCUCCUAGGCUUCCCACCUGCUGUUAGAUAGGAGUUCCUUCGGGUACAACCGCACUGGCGCUGGAGGUGUAAUUUCCAGCUCAAGCAGACAUACACAUGCUAGCUUUGCUCAAGCUAGUGCACUAACAAUAGAAGUGUAGCCUGUGGCAUGAGCAGCGUGAUGGGUUAGCCACCCAGAGGACAAGCCCUCCCAGGCCCCUAGGUACUUGUGCAAGUACCCCAGCCUCCACUUGUGCCACUGCGGCUGUACUUCUGUUUCUGGCAUGCUAGGUCAAUCGGAUCUAGGGUGCAGACAUCAAGCCGGAGGUGUGCUUUCCCUCCCUGGUGGAAGCGUAGCUGUACGCUUAGUGGCGGUGCGGCAGGGACUCGGGACUGCCAGGUCUGUGGUCCCCGUGCUCCGCACUCUUUACCUUGCCUGGGCAGCACCCUGCCCUGGGCAGGGCUGAGCCUCUAGCAGCACUGUCCUAACGGCAGCAUUCAUCCGCUCAUCUCGGCGGAUGUUAUGCCCUCGGCAGGCAGGUGCUUUGUAACAAGGGAAGAUUGUAGCUGGAGCAGCCAUCUCUACCAUUAUGUGCUUCUGAUGCAAACAGCAUUUAAACCCAAAUAAGAGCUGUCACUCAGCAAGCUGACACACAAAUUACUGAAAGAUGUUUGGAGUUCUCUUGCAUGCUCUGUACAUCUUCAAAGGGAUAGAGCACUCUGGUUAAUAGCAGCUGCACAGAGCAGCACUCAUUACAAUUAUGUGAGUGUGGUAACACAUCUUUUGCUGUAUUAAGACUUGGCUGUUGAUGUUCCUAGAACCCCAGUUACCUAAAGAAUAGUUGUACAGUGGUGAUGAGAUAGCUGGCGCAGGCCAGCGCUGUGUGAGUGACAGCCCGAAAUGCCCCAUCACUGUUUAGCCCUGACUGCUCAUCUAUUGUAGAGAUGCCUUUGCUGAAAUAAAGGGCACAGUUCCUUCCUGAUCAAUAUGGUACAGCCCCUUCUUAAGUCAAACAAAUGAGCUAUGGCUUGGCUCGUCCUGUGUGUGUGACCUACAAAGGUUAUAAAGCAAAGUACAUACAGACUGCCUCCGUGAGCCUGCCAGAAGCUGGUUUGAUCCAAGUUUGGGUACAUGACUAAAGAGACCUGCUGCCCACUUUAUCCCAUGGCUUCUGAUCAGCCCCGCCGAGGGAUGGUCAGUCCACAGGGCUGCCUAAGACCCUUCAAAUAGGGAUAGCUAUUAAGGCAAUUAUAAUGGUACCAGUGACCUGGGAUAUGGUGAAACUGCAUGUACAGGAAAGCCGCUUUCAAGGGUUGGAUAUUUGGUGUACGUUUUUAACAGUGAAUAAUUAACCGUUGGAACAGUUCACCAGGGUCUCCAUCACUGAGAAUU